AUGGAGAUAAGCAGUUAAGCACAUGGACCUGGUUGGAGCUAUAAUAGUGGAGUAGUCACUGUGAGCACUGACUGAGCAGUAAUGUUUCGUGGCAAGAGAGAGAGGGAUGUGGAGAAAAAGGAGAAAUCCUCAAGUAGCAGAAAAAGAACUCGUUUUGUUACUCCAAUAAACCCAUCACAGUGUGAAGGUCUGUCUCAAGAGAAAGAGCUCACAUCUGCCACUCUUGAGCAUCCUGCUCCCUCACAUACCGAAAAAUGUCAGAAUUUAAUUGGUGAGUAUCAUAAAGAUGACCCAAGCUACUUUAGAUUUGCUGACAACAUGUCACUUUAUCCUCAGUUACAUAUAGCUGGAAGAAGGCCGGCUAUCAAGAUUCACCCAAUCAUGAAAACUUCCGUCAAUUACAUCAAGCACCAGUUGAAGAUGCUCAGGAUAUUCUACAGAACAGGUUCCCUAUGCCACAGUAUGUGGUAACUGAGCAUAUGGGCAGUCAGGCUAGGUUUCUCCUCUCUAAAGUAAACCCAUCACAGACUCAUAACAACAUGUAUGGCUGGGGUCAGGAUGGAAGUGGUGCUGCUCCUGUUUUAACUGAUGGUGUUAGUUUACAAGUUUUUAUGGAACAUUUGAAAAAGCUAGCCAUGUCUAGCUCAGCUUGAUACCAUUCCCUCGUGCUUGAUUAGUACUGGCUCUCGUUGUUUUUGACCAUAAUAUUUCAAUUAUUUUAUUAAUUAUACUUUGUAUGGUAAUUUUGUUGUGCCUGACUGAUUAAAUGUGAGACUAAUAA